AACUUUAAAUAGUAAAUGGUUGAAUUUCGAUUGUCUAUCAAUCAGCUGAUCUGCUAUCGAAGCAAGACACAAGCAAGAAUCGAAAUUCGGAAAUUCGACCCAAGUUAUAAUGGAUAAACUAAGACUCGGCUGUCCUUUUUCGUUCCUUGGGGGAAAGGAGGGAAGACCGCAGGGACCCAAAUCAGAUAUACUCCAGCUAAACUACGACUGUUAUUUGAAAAUAAUUUCUUAUCUGACUGCACUCGAGGAUCAACUAAAUCUGGGCCGCGCCCAUCCGUUGUUCCACCAAGUGCUGGCGAGCCUAUUGCCUACGCGCUAUAGUAAAAUCAAUGUGAAGAUGCUAAAAACCGUUCAGGACUGGGAGUAUAUGCUGGAACUUUGCGGUCCCAGCGUGGUGCGCUGUGAGGUGCCCCACGGCCGCUGGGACGAGUCCUUUACCCACCCGUUUCUCAAUCUUCUCAACCAGCACUGUUUGAAUUUGCAACAACUUGUGCUGAUAUUCAUGCACUCGGACACGGACACACCGCCCGCUUCGAGGGACAGUAGAGGUGGACACGCUAACAUUAUGCAGCUGCUGCUGGAGCUUCCUGGCCUGACAAACUUGACGUUAAUCGAUGCCAGAGCGCCUCAGCUUGAACAGUUGCAACAUUUCGGUGAACUGCAAGCCCUAGAUGUGGAUGGAAUUGACGUUAAUCUUACUGAAGAGAAUUUCGUGCAGAUGUUCCACAACAAGGAGAAAUUGUGCCGCUUAUUGUUAAACUUUGGACGAGCCCUAAAACGAACGUAUCAGCUGCCCCAGUUGUCCGAACAUUGUGCUCAUCUGGAACAUCUGACGCUGGAGAACUUUGACUUGAACCUUCCCGAUAUGGGAGAGUUUAGAUCUCUGAAAUCUCUGCGUAUGAUCUCGCGCUGGAUAGGAGGAGUGAACAGCGAGUUCUACAAAUCGUUGGCCCAACGCUAUGCAGAUCGCUUGGAGCAGCUGCAGCUCCUGUCUAUUCGUGUUGGACCAGCCCAAGUGCAUGACAUACUGGCACUUAAGAGACUCAAGGCGCUCGAUUGCGAUAACUGGCCCUCAGAAGCUGUGGACAAAUUGAGUCUACUAACUGAACUCGAGUGCUUGGCCAUAGAAUGUAUUAAUCCCAUUAAAGGAGUUAAUUGUCAGCUUCUGUCUGUCCUAAGCAGCUGCUCGAAGCUGGCUCAUCUGAAGCUGGGCAAGCGCUGGAAGAUGACCAGCACUCAGGCACAACAAUUUUUGUCCGAUGUGCGAGACGUCCGUUUGGGAUCCAAAAUGAAACUUUUGCUGACACUUUCGUUUAUCAAAUUGCCAGAGCAUCAACAAAUGUUGAAUGGUCUGUUAACAAAUCACACGCAUUUACGGCUUGGUUUUCAUGACGUCUGCCAUUACUGUCGGCCAGAUACACACUCCAGGUGCGACACAAUCUUUGACUAACCGCUAAAAGCAUUAUUUACCUCACAAUGGGAAUGUUCUAUGGCAACCGUCAGCCUUAGUAUCCAAUCGUUGUAGGCAAUACCAUUCAUCUCAAACUCGCGUCGUUUACUUUCAUAAUCGUAGACAUCAGCCUCUUCGUGUAUCCACUUUUGCGAGUUCAUGUUUAUCAAGGGCAGCCAUCCAUCCCUUGCCAGUUGUAUAUCAAAUGCAGAAUGCCACAAAAUGCAAGUGGAGUGCGAAUCCAUAAAAUAUUGCUGGGCUAAAUGGAUACACCGGCUUCUACCAUUUGAUUGACAAUAAACUGUAAAACUCACCCAGAAAAUUUAGCACGAUUGACCAAUAACUUGGUUCCACUCGAAUAUGGGUCAUUGUUGCUUUGUUACUUCGGAUUAAAUGUUCCUCCUCUUAUCUACAUAUCUCGUAUAUAUAGAAAAUUGUGCAAUUCUCAAUCAGUAAUAAUUUUAAAUUGUAUUUAUUUGAGUUACGAUUCUGACGAAGUACCUGAAGAAAGUGCGUCUUAAUGGGACUAUAAAUAAUCAAAGAGAUACCCGUAUAUAAUUAUUUGGCUUCCAAUUGAGCAGCAGAGUGGCUAAUUCUUUAAGUUGUUAAGUGCUGAAGAUACGGGCCGAGAACUGUUUAAAUAUUUAUUGACAUAUGUUUAGCGAUUAUUGUAAAUAUUAAACAAAUAUAAUUUUGUUAUGCA